UUGACACGCCCAGUAGCUGCAACCCUCGAGGCUGCCCGAGUCUCCUCGGGCAAUCAGCAGAGCCAAUCAGAUGCAACUCCCUCCGCCCGGCCAAACCAACAGCAUCCCGACCAGCCGCAGGCUUGGCCGCGCCUACGUCGCCUCACACCUCGGCUUGCUCAUCCUUUGCAUCGCCGCCGGCUCUUUGUGAUGCUGGCGGCCGGCGCUUCUUGGCUGGCUCUGGCCAAUCUGGCGGCCGGCGUCUUCUGGCACCUACCAUUAGCCCGCUGUCCCUGGUGCAAAUACCUCACUUGUCUGCCGUUGCUGACCAGUCUCUGUGACUCCCUCGAGGUUGACGUGACUCGACGAACCGAAUGCAUCUCCAUUCUGUAA